AUGGCUUCAUUCACUAACCCGAACCACGGAAAUGACCUCCCGGGCUCAAGCCAGCCUUCCGGACUCGAUCAGACAAAAGCACAGGUUGAUGAAGUUGUUGUUAUUAUGAAGCAAAAUGUGGAUAAAGUGCUCGAGCGAGACGCAAAACUCAACGAACUUGACACUCGAGCUGAUGCCCUCCAACAAGGAGCCGCCCAAUUCGAAACAAACGCAAAUUCUCUUCAACGAAAAUUCUGGUGGCAGAAUAUGAAGACGAACCUGAUCAUCGUCGGGGUCGUCGUUCUCAUUAUUGUCAUUAUCAUCCUCGUCUCUGUCUUGCCCAACUCUGGCGGCGAUAACAGCGAUGACAGUGGAUCCUAG